AGAUGUUAUUGAUAGGUGCUUCUCUAAAAGAACUGUCGAAGAAAUUAUAUCUGCACUUGAGAGAGAGGCCACUCAGGAACCAAAUGAUUGGAUAUCAACUACCAUUCGUGCAUUAAAGAAGGCUUCACCAUCAAGUCUUAAAAUCUCUCUUAGAUCGAUAAGAGAAGGAAGAUUGCAAGGGGUGGGGCAGUGUCUUAUUCGUGAGUAUAGAAUGGUGUGUAAUUUGAUGAAGGGAGAUAUAAGCAGAGACUUUGAGGAGGGGUGCAGAGCCAUAUUGGUAGACAAAGAUAGGAACCCAAAGUGGGAGCCAAGGCAACUAAAGGACAUGAAGGAUAGCAUGGUAGAUCAGUACUUUGAGCGAGUGGAUGAAGAAGGAUGGGAAGAUCUUAAGUUUCCGCCAAGGAAAAAUGUCCAUGUUUCACGAAUCAUAGCAAAGCUGUGAUGAAUUGGAGAAAGGGAUCCAUUAGACAAAAAUUUGUCAGACAUUACACAAACGACAAAAACCGAGCAAAGCGACCAAACCCGAAAUACCAAGAUUGAUAAGUCUUCGACCAACUCUUGUUUUUUUUUCUUUUUUUUGUGUGGCGGCGAAUAAGUUUGGACGUGUUCUAGUUCCUCCUUUCUACAACGGCAAUAUCUCCUGUUUCAAUUAUUGUCCUUUCUACAUGUAUGUAGGAACUCGAACUUGUAGUUCCAAAUUCCCUAGUUAAGUGUUGAUAGUUUGUGCACAUGAGAAAUGACUG